AAAAAAAAAAAAAAAAACCAUCUUCCAAAUUUUUACCUCUUCACCUUCUUCUCUCUUUCUCUUUCCCACAACCAAAUUCCGAACCGACACAGCUCUGUAACACACCCCAUGUUAAGUUGCGGAACCUAAUUAUGCCCUGACGAUUUACUGUCGAGGAAUCUGCGGAUCGACCUUCACGAUGCUAUAGUUAGUGGUCGGAAAAUGGAUAGAGAUGGGGUGUUAGUACCGGUGGAGACUCAGGCUUCUCUGAAGAAGAAAACGGCGGUUUCUAGAAGCUGGAUUUUGCUGAACCAAACUGGGGAAGGAGCCAUCUUGGAUGUUGAUAAGCAUGCCAUUAUGCGACGGAUUCAUAUUCAUGCUAGAGAUCUUCGGAUUUUGGAUCCCCUGUUGUCAUAUCCUUCUACCAUCUUAGGCAGAGAAAAAGUUAUUGUUCUUAACUUGGAGCACAUUAAAGCAAUUAUCACUGCAGAGGAGGUGUUGCUUAGAGAUCCAUUGGACGACAACGUAAUCCCUAUUGUGGAAGAACUCCAAAGAAGGUUAGCUUUGGCAAGUGCCAGCUUCAAAGGCCCAGGGGAAGAAGAAGAACAACCUACAGGGGCACGAGACGAUGCCGAAACCGGCGAAGAAAAUGAAUUCCCAUUUGAAUUCCGGGCCUUGGAAGUGACAUUAGAAGGUAUUUGUAGUUAUCUUGAUGCCCGCACAAGAGAAUUGGAAGCCGAUGCUUAUCCAGCUUUGGAUGAACUCACGGCCAAGAUUAGCAGCCGUAAUUUGGAUCGAGUGCGCAAACUAAAAAGUGCGAUGACAAGGUUGACAAAUCGGGUUCAAAAGGUAAGAGAUGAACUAGAACAACUUCUUGAUGAUGACGAUGACAUGGCGGACCUUUACUUAUCAAGAAAAUUGGCCGCGACAUCUUCGCCUGUGAGUAGCCACGGUGCUCCGAAUUGGUUUUUCAGCUCCCCAACCAUAGGCUCAAAGACAUCCAGAACAAGUCGGACAAGCACUGUAACUGUUCAACCAGAGAAUGACAUUGAAGAGCUUGAAAUGUUGCUUGAGGCUUACUUUAUGCAAAUUGAUGGAACGCUUAACAAAUUGACCACGCUACGUGAAUACAUAGAUGACACGGAAGAUUACAUAAACAUCCAGCUUGACAAUCACCGAAAUCAGCUUAUUCAGUUAGAGCUUUUCCUAUGUUCUGGAACUGUUUGUUUGUCUGUGUAUUCUCUGGUGGCUGCCAUAUUUGGCAUGAACAUCCAUUAUACUUGGAAGGAAGGUCAUGGCUACGUCUUUAAAUGGGUGGUCAUCCUCUCCGGAAUACUAUGCGGCUCCCUUCUUCUAUCACUAAUUUCGUAUGCUCGGCACAGAGGCCUUCUUGGAUCUUGAAUAAACUCGAAGGAAAAUAUUAUAUAUAUGUGUGUUAUUGUUUGUUGAAUAUUGUAAGUUAGUUAAUUUAAAUAUGAUAAUGAACUAUUAUCUGCUAGAUCAUGGUCCACUGAGAAAGCUCAUCUUGUUUUACUCUGAAAUGGCAUUUGAAGAAAAGUAUAAAACGACAUGUCGUUCUCGCACUCAAGGGAAGCCACCUGUCGUUUCACUUGUCAAAAAAAAAAUAAAAAAAUAAAAAGGAAAAGGAGAAAAUGAACUGACUUUUUCAAAGUGUUAGAAAUGGCCGUGUGGUUCGCUCUUUGGCGA